GGCGGCGGCGGCGGCGACGGAGGCUUAAAGAGACCACAGGCCGGGUCGGGCCGAGCAAGCAGACGCUAAGGAAGAGGAGGAGGAGCGUCGGUAACGGCGGCGGCGGAGGUGGCGGCCCCCUACCCCAGCUAUGAGGAGGAGGGCGGCGGCAGCGGCGGGGGUGGGGGCUGCGGGGCCCCACUGGUGAUCGCCCGGACCCUGAGCUGAGAACCAAAGGAUCUAAGCUGGAACGAACCUUCCCACAGAAUGCCUUCUCCACCAAAGAGCGACCUACAGGCAACAAAGAUGAGAGCCGCACGAGGACUUUGGAAACCACUAACAUUUCAGUAGCUGGGAGUUUGUGGGUGACAUUUUCCCCUUCACCCCACCCACCGCCUCUGCCUUGGGCCGCAAUGCUGUAUUGAGUGCAGAAGAACCACGCUUUGACCUUGAGUUUCGGUGGAUCGGGGUUUUGUAUGGCAGCAGCGUAACCGUGGAGAGGCCAGGGUAUCACAAACUUAUGGAUUUUGACAAGAGAGGAGGGAAAGGGGAGACGGAAGAAGGCAAAAGAAUGGCCAAGACAGGGGGGGGAAGGAACACCCAUGGCUGUCGGAACACAGGGACCAACUCGGGAGUCUUAAUGGUGGGCCCCAAUUUCCGGGUUGGGAAGAAGAUCGGAUGUGGCAAUUUUGGGGAGCUCCGACUAGGAAAGAAUCUAUAUACAAAUGAAUACGUAGCUAUCAAAUUGGAACCUAUAAAGUCCAGAGCCCCACAGCUGCAUUUGGAGUACCGGUUUUACAAACAGCUCGGCAGUUCAGAAGGGAUUCCUCAGGUUUAUUACUUUGGCCCGUGUGGGAAAUACAACGCCAUGGUGCUGGAGUUGCUGGGACCCAGCCUGGAAGACCUGUUUGAUUUGUGCGACAGGACAUUCACUCUGAAAACUGUGCUGAUGAUUGCCAUUCAGCUGAUCACACGGAUGGAAUACGUCCACACCAAGAGCCUGAUAUACCGCGACGUGAAGCCGGAGAACUUCCUGGUGGGCCGGCCGGGGAGCAAGCGCCAGCACACCAUCCACAUCAUCGACUUCGGCCUGGCCAAGGAGUACAUCGACCCCGAGACCAAAAAGCACAUCCCCUACCGCGAGCACAAGAGCCUGACGGGCACGGCGCGCUACAUGAGCAUCAACACGCACCUGGGGAAAGAGCAGAGUCGGCGAGAUGACCUGGAAGCUCUAGGCCACAUGUUCAUGUACUUCCUCCGUGGGAGCCUUCCCUGGCAAGGUCUUAAGGCAGACACCCUGAAAGAACGGUAUCAGAAGAUCGGGGACACCAAGAGAGCGACGCCAGUUGAGGUCCUCUGCGAGAACUUCCCAGAGGAGAUGGCCACUUACCUGCGCUAUGUGCGGCGGCUGGAUUUCUUUGAGAAACCCGACUAUGACUAUCUGCGGAAACUCUUCACGGACCUAUUUGACCGCCAUGGAUUCGUGUUUGAUUAUGAAUAUGACUGGGCUGGAAAACCCCUGCCAACCCCGAUUGGCACCAUCCACAGUGAUGUCCCUGUCCAGCCGGUGAACCGGGACAAGGCUCAGUCCCACACCAAACACCAGGUGAUGAGCUCCACCAAUGGUGAACUAAACACUGAUGACCCGACAGCCGGCCACUCCAAUGCCCCCAUCACGGCCCCUGCGGAAGUGGAGGUGGCCGAUGAAACAAAGUGCUGCUGUUUCUUCAAGAGGAGGAAGAGGAAAUCCACACAGCGGCACAAGUGAGCCUCUGGGGCCCAGGCGGACCGACCGGAGCUCUGUCGUCUCCACCCUUUCUGGCCCCAGAGAUGGCAGGUGGCCCCUGCCUGUGGCCCUGCCUCCUGCAGCCGGGGCAGGGGGCGGCCAGGAGAGAGGCCAGGAACAGAGAAGCCAGGGGGAGGAAGGGGGACCAGUAGCCCCAGCCCCCGCCCCCCUGGGCCCAGGGGUCACCUACUCCAAGCAAGACUUUGGCAGAAAUUCCUACAUCUGUGUCUCGUCCAGUCCACCUUGAGAGCGCUAACUAUUUAAAAACCACACACCAAGGAACCGAAGCCCACCAAGAAAGCACUUCCCCCCACCCUACCCCCAUCCCUUCACCCUUCAGUUUGAGGUUUGACUCGCGUGCAUCAGGGAUCGACCCCUGCAGACUCCGUCUCCGCGUGCACGCUGAGGUCUAAGGUGAAGCCUGGGAGGCCCUCGCGCCUCAUCGUCCUCAGUUUGACCUUCACCACUUAGUGUUACAAAAUCCAGCCUUUUUCUCUUCCUCUUUCAGAAAGGCCAUUCUGUCCUGGUGGGGGGAGGAGGGAGUUGAGGCGCCCACUCACCUCCCCUGGUGUAUCUUCUUUGGGGGCCGGGCUAUGCCUUGUUACCUGUGCACUUUGAUCAUCCAGUGGUUCUGGGGGGGCAGAAGCUAGGAGAAAGAUGAGGGAGGUGGAGAUAGAUGGCCCCCAGACCCAAUCAGAGGGGGCUGGGGAGGGCUGAAACCAAAGGGAAGGGGGAAACUAGUCCCCACAGCUGGGAAAGUAGACGCCACCCCAAGGUCUCACCCGACAUGCAGGGUGGUUCAAGCUAUUCCACGUGUUCUCUCUUCUCCCCCCACCUCACCCUAAUCGGAGCCAAAAAUGCUGUACCAAAGCCCUGGGGAAUUUGGGUCUCCCCGGAAGGGCAGGGUGGGGACCCAGGGACAGGGCUGCCUGCAGCAGCCGAGUCCCCUCAUACAACCCCACCCACCUCGGGGAAAGGCGAGCUCAGCCGGCUGUACCCCGCAAUGGUGGCGCGGCCUGGCGAGCAGCCCAGAGAGGUCUACCAGGGGUACUUGGGCCCUCUUUGAUGGCCCUGGGACGAGGCAUAGGGCUUCAAACACCCUUGCCCUCAGUGGUGUCCCAAACCCUGAUCCUCUCCCAUCCCCCCUUAUCAAUUUUCCUGCUCACUGAAGGCUGUCCAGAGAUUCACGGUCAGCCUGACUCCUCUUCCUCCCCCCACGCCCAUCCCACCCCCUGCCAGCGUCCGGGGACAGCGGCUCCUUUAACACCCCAUCCCCUAAGGUUGCUCUCUAAGAGCCGGUGACGCGCACUGGGCAUUUCCCCUUCUCCCCAGCUCGCGCCAAGGACGACAAAACGCCUUAAGACCCCGGCACCCCUGGAGAGGGUCCGAGGACGGGUACGUGUGGCAGGGGAGAGGGGUGCACCAGUCACUGGUGGCCACAGCAGACCGACCUAAACCCAAGCGCCCUUUCACCUCCUCCUCCCCAAAGGAAAGGGUCCAGGGGAGCAUUGGCCCAGUCUGUACAUGACUCUGCCUGUCAAGUGUCACUUCUUUUGGUCCAUGUGUCUGGCUUGGCUGAAAAGCAGCAGCUUGAGGCUAGAAGACAUAUCCCCGUUCCAGACCCGAGGCCCAGCGUCAAGGUCGUACCUGCGUGGCUCCACGGCAGGCAAGCGAGCGUCCAUUGUGAGUUUAGUUACUGCUUUACAGUGUACAGAAAUGGCAUUUACAUUGCUCUGAUGCUUCCUGGAAGCCAUAGAAUUUAGGGGCUUUUUAAAAAAAAAAUAAACAAAAAUGAAAAAGAA